AGUAAGGGGGAGACGCCCCCCACCUUUACCAGUUCUUUGGCAUCCUUCAGUCUUUAGGUGCAGCAAAAAAAAAAAGUGCUCCCCUGCCUUGAUCCAACAAGGAGCCAUGAAGAAAUUCCAGUCAUUGCUGCAGCUUAGGAAUGAAUCGGCAGGUGCCUACAGCUUCCCUGAAGGCGGCGAGAUGUUGAGUGCCUGCGAAGGCGGCUUUCUGAUCCUGGAGAAGAGUGACGUCUGUCUUGGUGUGGACGCCACCGGCCAGGCGCCAAAGAAACGGAAGCGCUGUGGGGUCUGCGUCCCCUGCUUGAGGAAGGGGAAUUGCGGUGCCUGCACCCACUGCGUGAACCGAAGGACCAGCCACCAGAUCUGCAAAAUGAGGAAGUGCGAGGCGCUGAAGAAGAAAAAAUCGGUGCUCCUCAGAGAGGUGGAAAUAAGGGACAAUAAAGAAGGUGGGACGCAGGAGCAAGUGCUGGCGACAAAGACAGGUUCGGAGGGCAACCCAGUUGAUGGACCCAAAACAGGCCAAAUGGAAGAAGGGCCAAUUAAUUAUGUUGAAGAAAGAAGGUUGAAGGAAGGAAGCGGGCCCAGCCUGGUGAAUGGGGGGAGCCAGCAGGCUGGGGGAAGUGCCCUGCUAAUGGAAACAGACGGCUGGCUCUCCAACCAGCCUGUCGCCCGGCACUCGAGCGAGAAAGCCAAGUGGGAGAGCGCUCCGGCCCCGGGCCGGGGGGACGCUGCCAACGAUGCGAACCUGGAGGAUGCUCGGAACCUGGUGGCCUUCUCCGCCGUGGCCGAGGCCAUGUCUUCCUACGGAAUGCCAGCCACCGGGUCCCCGUCGCUGCUGAGCACGCAGCUGUAUGAGAAAUUCAACUUGGAGAUGAGCCGGGGAGGGGCGGGCAACCCAGGGCUCUCCCAGCCCGACGGCGUCCCUGGAGGUGAGGACCUGAACGCCCUGAAGGCUGCCCUGACCCUGGCCAAGCACGGCAUGAAGCCCCCCAACUGCAACUGUGACGGCCCUGAGUGUCCCGACUACCUGGAGUGGCUGGAGCAGAAGAUCAAGUCGGCCCUUGGGGAGGGGCAGACCCGCCCAUCCCAGCAUCUCAGCGACGCCCACCACCAGCCCUUAGACAAAGGUGCUACUCCCAAUCAGGUGCCUGCCGUGGUGGAGACGCUUAAGCCAUGCCCUUCAGAUGGCCUCCCCUUUUCCCAAAGUGCACUGAACAUCGCCAAGGAGAAGAACAUUAGCCUCCAGACAGCCAUCGCCAUAGAAGCCCUGACCCAGCUGUCGUCUGCUCUCCCGCCGCCGGCCAGGGUGACUCCAGCCACUCCCGGCAGCCCCUUGCCAUCCGUGUCGUUCGCCUCCAAGGAGCAGCUGGUCUGUUCGUCCCCCUUCAGCCCAGACGAACCCCCGGUGCUACCCACAUCCAGCAACGAGCAGUACCAGAGCCAGAACGCACAACCCUACGGCGGACACAAAGUGCUCCAGACGUCUCGGGCCCUUACGCAGUCCUCUUGGCAGCCGGCGGACCCCCAGUAUAUCCUCGAACCCAGCGCCCCCCGGGAGCCAGCGGGCCUCUUCCCCAAUUUCACCUCCACCCCCCAGAAACUGGAAUUUCCCGAGCCGUGGGAUGAAGGACCCAAGCCAAAAAACAACUUGUGGAUGCUCAACUCCGACCCGCCCGCCUCUUUGGUGAGCGACCCGAUGGCUGAGCUGGAGCAGCUGCUGGGCAGCGCCAACGAUUACAUCAAGUCGGUGUUUAAGAGGCCUGAAGCAAUGCCCAACAAGGUCAAAGCCGUCAAGCUGAAGCAAGAGCCGCUGGUCCCGCCUCUGAAGAAGGAAGCCGGGGGUGGCCAUCCCAAGCUGGCCCCCAGCCAGCACUUGUCGCAGCUGCUGCAAGAAACAGACUUCCAUAAGAAGACCCAGAUGGUGCUGCAGCAGCACCUCCAUCAUAAGCGCAAUCUCUUCCUGGACCAGAACCUGGCCCAGCCGGGCCCACAGGACCAGCUGCCCAACUGGUGGGCUCCCGGCUCUCAGGCCCUGCUUCCGAAGCCAUCUGAAAAGCAGGCCAAAGAGAAGAAGAAGAAAAUUCAGCCCGACAAACCCCCCCAGGUCAAGCCACUCCGGAAGCAAGUCCAGAUCAAGAAGUCCAAGCAGAAGGAUUCGCAACCACUGUUCUUGCCCCUGAGGCAAAUUAGCUUGGAAGGAUUUCACUCAGCCACCGCCCCUGAGCUCCCAACGGAAGAGAUGCAGACUGAGCAGCCUUUCCCCGGCACCCCUGUCAAACCCCCGCCUCUUGCACUAUUCACACCCAGCUCCGCUGCAGAGUCUCCACUGCAAAAGCAGCUGGACGACAGAAGCCAGGCUCCCAACACUCAGGAAACGGGCGCUCUCAGCCAAGGGAGCCCAGAGGAAAACCGCCAGCAUCACCUUCACCAGAACUUUGCGUGCCACCCUGCUCCGCCCGGCACUCCCGUCUCCAGCUAUGCGCCCUGCUGCUCUGCUGUUCCCUCCGGCGACGGGCAGGACCAAGCUCCUCACAAGCCCUUAAACCCGUCUGACCCGCUGCCGGCCCAGAACUCGCUCAUGGUGGACGACAAGCUGGAGGAGCUGAUCCGGCAGUUCGAGGCGGAGUUUGGGGAAAAUUUCAGCCUGCAGAAUUCUGACCUCCCGGCUCCGCUCACUGACGGGCUGCCCCCCCAGCCUCUCUCCCACCAGUCGUCUUCUCUGAGCCACUCUCCAGAACUGCCAGGGGGCUCAGACUCAACCCUCCAAGUGCCAGCUGUCGAAGAUGGAGUGCUGCCCCUGGCUGAAGCUCCCGAAGUGGGAUCCAAAGGCUUUUCGCUGUCGCCCGGGAUGGGUCAGCAUUUUGAGAACCCCUUUGCAGCUAGGUCCCCCAAGCAGAUUAAAAUAGAAUCUUCUGGUGCUAUCACCGUGGUGUCAACCACUUGCUUUUACUCCGAGGAAAACCAAAACACGGAUGCUGCUUACCUAGAUGGGACCCCGACCAAGAACGACGUGCCGUUUACGCCAACCCUCAGUGGAUUUUUGGAAUCUCCUUUGAAAUACUUGGAUACGCCAACAAAAAGUUUAUUGGACACCCCAGCCAAGCGGGCUCAGGCGGAAUUCCCCACUUGCGACUGCGUGGAACAAAUAGUGGAGAAAGACGAGGGACCAUACUACACCCACCUGGGAUCGGGACCAACAGUGGCAUCUAUCAGGGAUCUCAUGGAAGAGAGGUAUGGCGAGAAGGGGAAAGCCAUCAGAAUCGAAAAGGUCAUCUAUACAGGGAAGGAAGGCAAAAGCUCCCGGGGCUGCCCGAUAGCGAAGUGGGUGAUCAGGAGGCACAACCAAGAGGAGAAGCUGCUGUGUUUGGUGCGGCACCGAGCCGGUCACCACUGCCAGAAUGCUGUCAUCAUCAUUUUAAUCCUGGCCUGGGAGGGCAUCCCUCGCACCCUGGGUGACACGCUGUACCAGGAGCUCACUGACACGCUCACUAAAUACGGAAACCCCACCAGCCGCAGAUGCGGCCUGAAUGACGACCGGACCUGUGCAUGUCAGGGCAAGGACCCCAACACCUGCGGUGCUUCUUUUUCCUUUGGCUGCUCCUGGAGCAUGUAUUUCAAUGGAUGCAAGUACGCCCGAAGCAAAACUCCCCGGAAGUUUCGACUGGUGGGGGACAAUCCCAAAGAGGAAGAAGUGCUCAGAAACAGCUUCCAGGACUUGGCUACUGAAGUCGCUCCACUUUAUAGGAGGCUUGCGCCGCAGGCGUAUCAAAAUCAGGUUACAAACGAGGAUAUCGCAAUAGACUGCCGGCUCGGUCUGAAAGAAGGAAGGCCGUUCUCUGGGGUGACCGCGUGUAUGGACUUCUGUGCGCACGCUCACAAGGAUCAGCAUAACCUCUACAACGGAUGCACGGUGGUGUGUACCUUAACGAAGGAGGACAAUCGGAGCGUUGGGAAGAUUCCUGAGGAUGAGCAACUGCACGUCCUUCCGCUGUAUAAAAUGUCCACCACAGAUGAGUUUGGCAGCGAGGAGAAUCAGAACGCAAAGAUGGGCAGCGGAGCCAUUCAGGUGCUCACCUCCUUCCCCAGGGAGGUCAGGAAGCUGCCUGAGCCUGCCAAGUCUUGCAGGCAAAGGCAACUAGAAGCCAAAAAGGCAGCCGCUGAGAAGAAGAAAAUGCAGAAAGAGAAGCUAAUCACCCCUGAGAAAAUAAAGCAGGAAGCACUAGAAAUCCCGACACUCCAGCAAAAUACAGGUAUGGCGUUGAAAAAUGGACUCCCCCAGCACUCAGUCAAACCUUCCAUCAAAGUUGAACCUCAGAACCAUUACAACACUUUCAAAUACAACGGCAAUGCAGUGGUGGAAAGCUACUCCGUGCUGGGGAGCUGCCGCCCCUCAGACCCGUACAGCAUGAACAGCGUUUACUCUUACCAUUCCUACUAUGCACAGCCUAAUCUGCCUUCCAUGAAUGGGUUUCAUUCAAAGUUCACUUUUCCCUCCUUUGGAUAUUACGGAUUCUCCAGCAACCACAUGUUCCCUUCGCAGUUUCUGAAUUACGGUGCCACUGAGCCGAGGAGUGGGGAUUGGGUAAGUAGCAGCUAUGAGAAGAAACCCGACCUCCAAGCAUUGCAAGAUAACCUUAACCACACUUACAGGAAUUCAGAGUUCUCAGAGCAACUCCCACACUCUGUACGAAACAAAAACCACCACCAGCGGACCUAUGAGAGAGCCAACAGGUAUGCCAGCCAGAAGUCCAUGGCCAUGUCCCAUAGGACUAACUCUGUCCCAAUGGAAACCCCAUCGUUUGCACAAAACACGAACUGUUUCAGCAACCGAGCAAUCAAACAAGAGCCCGUAGACGCCUUGUCACACAUCGAGUCCAUUCAAAGGGCUGCCAUGAAUGUACAAAACUCGAGUCUCAACCUGUCCGCUGUGCCCGUGUCAUCUCAGAACGGCGAUCAGGAACAACGGUGGAGCCCCUACAAAAUCAACAGGAAUGUGUCUCCCUCUGACAGGACUAGUAAUGCAGAGCGUUCUUGGAAUAUGUUUACGCCCAAUGACAAUACCAACUUACCCAACACGAGCAUGCAGGAUAAGUUGAAUUCAUUCAAUGGACACUCAAACGCUACCCAGUUACCCCAGUCUCACCUCCAGGAGAAACAAUGGAACGUAUUUUCUGGAGAUGGGCAGGCAACGCAACAUAGUUCUAGCCUGCUUGGGAAAUCAUGGAGCCCUUGCAGACUCAACGAAAGCCCUUCAGUCUUGCCUAGUUCUGCAAAUUCGAACCUGCAGGAAAAACCCUGGAACCUCAGCCAGCUGAACUUCAGUUCCACCCUCAAGGGGAACCCUGGGUUUCAAGAUGAGCUGUGGAACUCGGUCAAGGUGGACGAGAGGAGGACUCCGACACCUAGCUCGGGGCUGCUUGAGAAGCCAUGGGAUUCCUUUGGCUCGUCGGCCACCAUAGGGUCAAGCGUGUGUAGCGAGAAGCCAUUCGGCACCUUGAAAGCAGACAGUAACGCGUUCUUGCCCAGUAUCCGUCAUCAGGAGAAACUGUGGGACCCCUUCAGCUUGGAUGACAGCAUAGAAGAGUUGCCCGAUAAGACCCUCAAGGAGGAGGAGGAAGAUGAUGAGGAGGAAGAGGAGUGGUCAGACAGCGAACACAAUUUUCUGGAUGAAAACAUAGGCGGGGUGGCGGUGGCCCCGGCCCAUGGCUCCAUCCUGAUUGAAUGCGCCAGGCGGGAGCUGCACGCCACCACCCCGCUCAAGAAACCCAACCGGUGCCACCCCACCCGCAUCUCACUGGUGUUUUACCAACACAAGAACUUGAACCAGCCCAAUCACGGCCUUGCCCUUUGGGAAGCCAAGAUGAAGCAGCUGGCGGAGAGGGCAAGAGCGAGGCAGGAAGAAGCAGCCAGGCUCGGGCUCCAGCAGGAUACCAAGCCAUUCAGCAAAAAGCGCAAGUGGGGAGGCGCCGUGGCCCCUGAACCCCAACACAAAGAAAAGAAAGAUUCUGUCCCAACACGGCAAGCAGUGGCUAUUCCAACAAACUCUGCUAUCACUGUGUCCUCAUAUGCCUAUACCAAGGUAACUGGACCAUACAGUCGCUGGAUAUGAGAUUAAUACAGCUAAUAUGGCCAUCUUACCUCAACGUCUGCGACACUGGACCACAGUGUUGCUUUGUGGUGCUUUCUCCUAAUGCAUGUAGGGGAAAAAAAUCUACUCAAGUGCAAACCUUCUAAAAUCUGCACUUUGAGAGGAGUUAAAAAAACAAACAAACGAACACUUAUUGCUGUUAACAUUUUUCAGUAAUCUAAUAUUUAUAUCUCCGCAUUUUUUUAAUCUAUCCUUGUACAUCACAAGAAUGGAAAAGAAAAAUUUAUAGUGUCCUUUCACAAAGGAGAGGUUUUUAAUUCCAUUUAAAAUAUGUAUUUAUUGGAUUUUUUUUUAUUAUUACAACAAUGAAGCAGAUCUUAAAAAAAAAACAAAAAAAAACACCAAACCAGCUUGAAAAAAAGAAAAUCUGUACAGCUCACUCGUGUUAACGCUGGUAGGGAAUUUCAGCUUGGAAAUCAUCUGGAAACGUGUGCUUCAAAGUCAAUCGAAAAUGGUUUGAACAUCCGGUUUUUCAAAUGAACUAAAGUGCAUAUUUUGCAGCUUGACUGAUCAUUUCUUAUAGAUACAGUAACCCUCUGGGGCUGGGAAAUAUACAGAGAAUUAUGUGGAAAUCAGUUGCAGAUAGAGUAAUGGAUUCCCACUUCUAGGCAGAUGCUGGGGUUUUGCAGAUGGUUUGUUUAAUGGAGGUGUUUUCUCCUAACAGCUCCUGUUUAUAGGUAAAGGGUUUGAUUUGCCUCCUACUUACCUCAGGAUUAAAUCCAUUGAAAUUGAUGGAGUUACACCAGUGGAAAACCAGAGCCUGUGUAAACAGGCAGCAGAAGUCUCUAAGUCUGACUUAAGUGGUGCUAUGCCUCAUCCUGGCCACUCUGCAAAGGGGUAAUUUCCUAAGUGGGAGGACAGUCAGGUCUGAUGGCUUUAAAGUGCUGUGAGUUCAGAAUGUGAGCUAACACCAGACACUUUAGCUGAAUACAUUAUAAACCAGGUUGAAAGCAAGACCAAAUUAUCCAGGAUGAUUUGUCUUCAUGCUGAAUAGUUUAUCAGCUAUUUUGAUAUUCUCACCAAACUCACAUUGUUAUGUAUUCAGCUACAAGGUGACAUUAGAGAGGAAAGUAGGUUUCUUAUACAAGAGACAGGAGCCUGGGACAUCUGGACUACUUUCCAUGCUAUUUUUGUACCGAUCAUACUCUGUCACCUUAUAGCAGUAAAAAAAAAAAAAAUCUGGAGGGGGAAAGAGGGGGUUACUGUAUCUUCAAGAACCCAACAAAAACUGUGAAUAGUUAGUGUUGCUCUGUGUACUCACUGUUGCUAAGUUUGGUGCUUUCAGUCUCAAGGGGACGUUCUCUGUUUGAUCAGCUCUGGGAGGAGUGAAUACCGAAAAUGACUUGCAAGCCGCCUUCUACAUUUUCCAAUGGUGCAUGCUUCCGUACUGUAAAAACUCCCCUAUGACAAGUCGACGUUUUCAAACACAAAAAUGAAAUUGACGACCGUUUUCUGCAAGCUAAUUAUUUUCCCGGUGCCAUUUUUUAUAACAACGAUGAUGAUUACAGCAAAACUAAGUGGUGCUUAUUAACAAUCUGAAUCAUGACUUCUUUUCCCCCUCUACAAAGCUGUUGGGAACGAUUGAUUCAAAUAACUUGCUAAAUAGGAGUGACGGGUGGGAGGAAAUUCUCUGAAGCUAGAGAGACGUUCUCCAUGGGAGGGCUGGAUUUCUGUGAUGUUAGCAGAAAUUAUAUGGAGCGAUCCCAAAAAAAAAUGUAGGGUGAAAUUCACCCAUGUGCAGAGGCCCUGCACAAUUUCUGUGCCCAACUUAAGCCCUGAGUCCUCACUGCUUAGGUCUCGCCUGGUGUAAAAAGACCAUUGAUUUCACUAGAGUUACAAUCAUUUACCCCAGCUGAGGAUCUGGCCCUGAGGGUUUAAAUGGUAUUUAAGUGAUGCCUGGGCCCUUGAGCAUGUUCUCUACAGAGGUGAAUUUCUUCCUUCAUGGGAACUGAGCCCUGAGAUAAAUGAUAAAGUACUUAAUGGAUAACAGGUGCUAUCCUGCUCCCGUUGAAAUCACUGGCAAAAUUCCCACUGACUUCAGCGGGAGUCAGAGUAAGUCCAUUGCCUGCUGUUCCUACAGGACAUUCUGUGGGAAAUUCCAAACGUAGAAGCCUGGUUCUUCAGCUGAGUAGUCCCAUUACUUCUCGGGGAUGGCGGGGCUGCUCCCCUGCAUAAGAUUCUGAAAGAUCAGGCCUGGUAGACAUUUAAAACUGGAUAACAAUACUCAGUCAUAAUUCUGCACUUUCAGGUGCCUUUUGGAGAGUCAGAGAGAGAGAGAGAGCUGAGAACUUAACCGUACAUAACGUUUUGUUUACUGUAAACCUUGUUCCUCGUGCACUGGCACAGAAAAUCACAGGAUCGCUGUAAAACAUCCUGAACGUUUGUGUGGUCUGAUUUUAAACUGUAAAUAGGGAAAGAUUUUUUUAAAAGCACUUUCACCUAGAUUUAAAAACAAAACAAAACAAAAAAAACCCAACCCCAACAACUUGAAAGCAGUAUGUUUUAAACAGAUUAUCGUGGGAGAACUGUAAAUAGUGGCAAAAUAUUUAACAUGCUUUGUCCGUCCUUCAUAAUUUUUUUUUUCUGUAUUCUGUAUAGUUGCAUAUAUUUGACAAGGAAAAUCAAUGAGCUAUUAUUGCUUUGUUAUAAAUACCCAAGAUCAUAUCAAGGCUGUAGAAUUAUUCCAAGUCAGAUUUAUAGGAAACCCUCUGAACUUCACAGUAUAACAAACUAAAGCACUCAAGGGGGUAGAUCCUCAGCUGGUGUAGAGCGGCCAUUGUCUUCAGUGGAACUAUGCCAGCUGUGUCUCUGGCCCUC